AUGUCAUUCUUUUUCAGGACCGUUGACAACGGAAUCAAAUUAUCGUCAUUGGUGUCUAUCCCAGAAGUCACCGACAUUCACACUAUGAACAAGAUCACGUCUGACAAGCUUAAUUGUCUAGUCACUCACGAGGGUUCACCAGAGGCCUCACAACCGCUUGGACACCUACUUUCUGAAAUAUUCCAGCCUUUCACAGAACCUCUUCCCAAUGUAUGCCACCUUAAAAUACCUUUCGGAAAAAUCAUUCAUCGCAACAAUCGCAUCAAUGAGAAAUUCAGCGAGACAUCACCAGAUACCCUAGUGCCACGGUACAACACUGAAGCGAAGACUUGGAAUUGGGCUCUUCCAGUCGACCCACCUGGAGAUGAUGAUAGCAGCCUUCUGGGUCAGGUCGAGUUGUCAGAGAGCAACAAUCCACAGGAAGCAACCCACAAAGAAAUUUUUGCAGCAUUUCUCAAUGCUCUGGUUGGCUGCUUGGCGGCAUCACAGCCCAAACUAGUAGCCAUGUGCUUUGCAACUAGCUCAUGGAGUGCGGCCAAUGCACAUAAGUCAUUGCCCAGCAGUGACAUCAAGCGCAAGCCAGAUAUUGUUCUAUCCGACGACAUAUCAGCAAAGUGGGGAAACAUCAGAGUUCCAGCUGAACUCACACACAGUCGCUACCGGCCUGCGAUGUGA